CAUUAGGGGUGCUAAUUCCACGUAACUCUCAGCCUGAUUCACACGGCACUCUCUCUCUCUCUCUCUCGCCCCUCUUCUCUCUCUACAAAUUGCCUAUCAUCACUGGUGACUGGCCUCUACCUUCAACAGUCCGCACCUAUAUAUCACAAGAAAAAUCACAAUACCAGAAACCAAACUACACCUAACAACAUAUCAACCCACAGACCUGAUCCUUCUCAGUUCCUUUUUUUUUUUAAAUUCAGGUGUGCAUCCAGCCAGUUUUCGCUCACUUCGAUAAAUUCUAAAGACUCAAUUCCGUCCGCUCACGGAGAGCUGAAUUAUAGCCAGAGCAAAGCAGUUCUCUCUCUGUAUACAUUUCUCUAACCACCUAAAUUUAACUCUCUCUCUCUCUCUCUAAAAGACAUGGGUUUCCCAGUCGGCUACACGGAACUCCUCUUCCCAAAACUCCUCCUCCUCACGCUCUGCGUCCUCGGAUUCAUCCGGAAAAUGAUCUCGUCCCUCUUCAAAUCGCUGGGCCUGGGCGACUUUCUGGAGCCCGACAUUGCGUUGCCGGCCCAACCCGACUGCGCCGCGCCUGAGCCCCGAUCCUUGUCCGCGAUUCUGAUCCGGGAGCUCCUGCCCGUGGUGAAGUUCUCCGAUCUGGUCGACCCGCCGGAGAGCUGCGCCGUGUGCCUGUACGAGUUCGACGGCGGCGACGAGAUCCGGCAGCUGCCCAACUGCUGCCACAUCUUCCACCGGGGCUGCCUCGACCGGUGGAUGGACCACGACCAGCAGACCUGCCCGCUUUGUCGGACCCGGUUCGUGCCCAAUGACUUGGUGGAGGGGUUGAAUGAGAGGCUUUGGGCCGCUGCGGGUAUUUCCGACUUUCACGGCGAGUACUCGCCGAUUUCCUCUGGUGGUUUGUUGUAGUCAAGGUAAGUUUUUCCUACACAAUUUUACAAACAAAACCACAAACACAAUUGUGUUCACAUCUGUUCGUUACACUUGGACCCACGGUUAUCGAACGAUUCCAAAACACAAUUAAUUAUACCUGGAGUUUGUAUUAAAAAAUUGUGUUUUAACUUAUUAUUAUUAUUUUUAUUUUUACCCUUUUUGGGUAGCUUUGGGGUUAGUUGGAUGGGAGGGAUGGUUGAUAUGUAUAGUGUGUACACUUAGGAGGAGGGACAAAAUGGGGAAAAUAUAUGGAGGAUAAAAUAGGAAGACAAAAGUUGUACAUAUACAAUGGAAUCUAGUUGAUUUUUCUUUUUUA